UUGUACGGGAGUUGAGUUAUUUUGUAACAUUAAACUAAUCGUAUAGCUUAAACAUAUUUUUAUGUUAUUUUUGCAGAAAACUUGUAUUAAAUGCAUCGUUCAAAGGCGGUUGCUAUCCUAUGCACAACGUAGUAGAGAUGCUAGUGUAUUCGAUGUUGUUGUUAUUGGCGGUGGACAUGCUGGAACUGAAGCAUGUGCUGCAGCCGCACGUAUGGGCGCCCGAACAUUAUUGGUUACACAUAAAAAAGAAACUGUUGGAGAGAUGUCUUGUAAUCCAUCCUUUGGAGGUAUUGGGAAGGGACACUUAAUGCGUGAAGUAGAUGCUUUGGGAGGUUUAUGCGGUAGGAUGUGUGACAAAUCUGGAGUGCAAUACAAAGUGCUAAAUAAACGCAGGGGACCAGCUGUUUGGGGUCCAAGAGCUCAAAUUGAUCGUAAAUUAUAUAAAGAAGCUAUUCAAAAUGAAAUUUUUCAUAUGAAAAAUCUUGAAAUAUUAUGUGCAUCAGUUGAUGAUUUGUUAAUAGAGGCUGAUCAAGACAAUGAGAACAACAUAAAAUGCAAAGGAAUUGUUUUAGAAAGCGGCCAGAUAAUAAAUAGUUCAACAGUAGUUUUAACUACGGGUACAUUUUUAAGGGCUAACAUUAAUUUUGGACUGGAAGUAAGGCCAGCAGGUCGUAUGGGUGAUGCUCCUGCCGUAGCAUUGGGAAGAAGUUUAGAAAACUUGGGAUUUCGCAUGGGAAGACUGAAAACUGGAACUCCACCAAGAAUUGCAAAAGAAUCAAUCGAUUACCACAAACUUGAGGCUCAUUUUGGAGAUAAUCCACCGGUACCAUUUUCAUUUAUGAAUGAAAAAGUUUGGAUAAAUGCUGAUGAACAAUUGCCCUGUCAUUUAACAUACACCUCAUUGCAAGUUAAUAAAAUUGUCAAAGAAAAUAUGCAUUUGAAUCGUCAUGUUUCCGAAGAAGUCACUGGGCCUCGUUAUUGUCCAUCUAUAGAAUCAAAAGUAUUACGUUUUGGUGAAAAGCAACAUCAAAUAUGGUUGGAACCAGAAGGCUUCAAUAGUGAUUUAAUUUAUCCGCAGGGUCUAUCAUGUACCCUACCAUAUGAACAACAAGUUGAACUUGUUAAUUCCAUACAUGGAUUGGAGAAUGCCAAAGUUGUGCAACCCGGAUAUGGUGUAGAAUAUGAUUUUAUAGAUCCAAGAGAACUAUAUCCAAGUUUAGAAACAAAGAGAGUUAAUAAUCUUUACUUUGCUGGGCAAUUGAAUGGUACAACGGGGUAUGAAGAGGCGGCUGCUCAAGGUAUUAUAGCCGGUGCGAAUGCUGCAGCCAAGACGAAACAGUUUGAUCACAAUAAUGAACCCCGACAAUUAACUGUAAGUCGGACGGAGGGUUAUAUUGGCGUUCUCAUAGAUGAUUUAACCAGCCUUGGCACGAAUGAGCCAUAUCGCAUGUUUACUAGUAGGGCAGAAUUUCGAUUAUCAUUACGUCCUGAUAAUGCCGACCUCCGAUUAACCGAAAUGGGUUACAAUUUCGGUUUAGUAUCAGAUGAGCAAUAUAAACAUUUCAUUUCUGUUAAAAAUCACUUACAGGAAACAAAAGAAUUACUUACCGGUCUAAAAAGACAUUCAAAUUUUUGGCGUGAACGCUUAGGUCUUGUGAAAGCCAAAUCGUCCGUGGAGAAAACUGCUUUCGAUAUGCUGGGAAUACCAUCGGACAAUAUCACAUUAAAAGAUUUACUCAAAAUAAUGCCACAAGAAUUGGGUCACAUUCAACAUGUUAACACUACAGCAGAAAGAAUUAAAAUAGAAGCUUUAUAUGCACAUUUUGUUGAGGAGCAGUUAAAAGAUGCCCAACAAGUAAGGAACGAAGAGAGUCUCAUAAUACCAAAGGAUAUCGAUUACUUUUCAAAAUCCCUAAGUUUAUCAAAUGAGGAACGGCAAAAGCUGACAAUGUUACUGCCUCAAACAAUAGCAGCAGCUAGCCGAAUUCAAGGUGUAACGCCUGCGACAAUUGUAAGACUACUGAAACAUGUUAAACGAGUGCAAAAUAUUGACUCUCCGAUUCGAAUGGCGAGUAAUUGCAGUGAGAAACUUUAAUAUAUUUGGCAGAACUGUUACUUGUUAUACAUAGUUAAAUUUCUGUUUUUAUAAAUUACAUAAAACUCAAUGUAAAUUCUUAUAACCAAUUAAAAUAAAAUAGUUUAUUUACCUUACAA